AUGGCCACAACCACCCCCCAGACCUCUGCUCCGAGGAGAUCGAAGGAUUCCGACAAAAUUGGUAGUUUCCAACGACAAGAGGAGAUUGGACGGGGCAGUUUUGCAACCGUUUACAAAGCCCUCCAUACGUCCUCAUCCGGUACCCCAAGUAUUGUAGCCAUCAAGUCCGUCAAUCUAGCCAAGCUGAACAAGAAACUAAAGGACAACCUCACAUCGGAGAUCUCCAUCCUCAAAGGCCUCCAUCAUCCUCACAUUGUCGCUCUGAUUGACUGCAAGGAAUCCAGCUCACACAUCCAUCUGGUGAUGGAAUAUGUCGCUCUCGGUGACCUCUCAUACUUUAUCAAGAAGCGAGACACUAUCAAGAAUAGUGAAAUGGUUGGAAACAUGAUGGUCAAAUAUCCGAACCCCAGAGCUGGCGGACUUCAUGAAGUCGUCGUUCGGCAUUUCCUGCAACAACUCGCCAGCGCUCUCAAAUUCCUCCGAGCCAGAAAUCUCAUUCACCGCGAUGUCAAACCCCAGAAUCUCCUUCUGAACCCCUCUCCAGUAUAUUUUGAGACCCACAAACCUCAUCCCAUGCCCUACCUAACGGCGGACGACUGCUUGGAACCGGUCUGCGGUAUCAAAUCUCUCCCCAUGCUCAAGAUAGCAGAUUUCGGUUUCGCCCGGUCUCUGCCAUCGACGGCGCUGGCGGAAACCCUGUGCGGUUCUCCGUUGUAUAUGGCCCCUGAGAUCUUGAGAUAUGAGAAAUAUGGCCCAGAAGCGGAUCUCUGGUCGGUGGGAACGGUACUGUACGAAAUGAUCACAUCCAAACCUCCAUUCCGGGCCUCAAAUCAUGUUGAAUUGCUCAGACGGAUCGAAAAGGGGGAUGACAGGAUCAAAUUUGGUGAUGAAAUUGUUGUAUCUGAAGAAAUGAAGAAGCUCAUCCGAUCGUUACUUAAGAGGGACCCGAAGGAGAGGCUGUCUUUUCCAAGUUUCUUCAGCAACGAAAUCAUUACUUCUGAGAUUCCAGGUCUUCACCCCGAGGACAUGCCUCAAGAGGCCAAGGAGGCUCAACCAACAGAAUCCGACCGUCGUCGCAAUAGCCGAACAGAUCCUACGGGGGUGGCAAGACCGAGGUCCAUCAAGGAACCGGAAAGCCCAUACUCGGAUCCUUCCAAGACCGCCUCAGACGACAAUGUCCAACGAAGAUAUUCCAUCAAUCGGCGAUUGUCGAGCGCCCGGGACCAACAAGUCCAUCAAAGACGGCCUUCGGAUGAUCGUACUGCGGCUUUGGAGCGACCUACCAGUCCAAUAACAGCUCGUCCUGCUUUGCAUCCCCAUGCCACGGCUCCUGGCCGACAGGAACUAGUACACCGACCAAGCUCAACUCCAAUGGCAAGACAAGGGAGUGGAGGGUCACAUAAACUGCCGCCCUCGUCAUUGCGUGGCCAGGUAUAUGACGAGGAACAAGAAGCAGCCCUAAUCCGCAAACGCCAGGAUGAGAAGGAACGGGAACGAGCAGCUCAAGACAUAGCCUUCGAGCGUGAUUACGUCUUGGUGGAGAAGAAAGCGGUCGAGGUCAACGCGCUAGCCGAUGAGCUUGACGCAAGCCCACGCCUAGAACGAGAAUCAUCACAGAAUGCCAUAUCUCCCAAAUCCGGUGCGAUGGUCCGACGGGCUACCACACAGGGUCAUCCUGCUUCAACCACAGGUGCGCAAACAAGCGCUUCGCGGGCGGUUCAAAUUGCUUCUGGGAGGCGUCCGGAUGCUGUUCAUGCUCGCCAAAACUCGUACGAACGACGAUACGGUCCGAGUCCAAGCUCAGCAACAUCAGCUAUUUCCAAGGCUUUGAACAUGGCAAGCGGUCGACUGUUUGGUGUUGGUUUCUCCCCGCCUGUUAAUCUCAUGCGGCCCGGCAGAUCUCCACCAGUCAAUUACAAUCCAUUCCCUGCAUAUCCAGGUGCACAAAGCAGCUUGGUCAUCCUCGGUGAUACAGCCAAACCACAAGCAGCAGAUGAGGACACUAAAUAUGUUCAAACUGUUGAAGAGGUUGCGACCCGAAGUGAUGUCGUGUAUGGAUUUGCGGAGGUCAAGUACAAACAGCUCACACCGGCAGCACCAUCACAUCCUGGACUCGGAUUAAGGAACGCUCCCAGUGAUAACGGAGCCGAGAGUCCCCUCGGUCCAACAAAUGAAGACCUGACUAUCGAGGCGACUGUGAUUGUGGCGGAAGAAGCGCUGGUAUUGUAUGUCAAAGCUUUGGCGCUGCUCGCUAAAGCCAUGGAUAUUGCCGCUCGUUGGUGGACUCGCAAGAAUCGUGGCGAAACCACCGACGAGAAAGGCUAUCGAUUUAGCACAGGUCCUGUUGGGCACAGAAUGAACAAUGUUGUUCAAUGGACGCGGAAUCGAUUCAAUGAAGUCUUGGAAAAGGCGGAGUUGGUUCGAUUGAAGUUGAUUGACAGCCAACGCCGUCUCCCUGAAGAUCAUCCCAGCCAUCCCAACAAUAUUUCCACAGCCACUGCGUCCAGUGCUGGGCUGGGAACAUCUGCUGAACAUGUUGUUGUGAGCUCCGGCAUCACAGCGGAGAAACUCAUGUACGAUCGAGCUCUGGAGAUGAGUCGAGCUGCAGCGAUUAAUGAGUUGACCAACGAAGACUUGCCCGGUUGUGAAAUAUCCUAUGUUACGGCUAUUCGCAUGCUUGAGGCAAUUUUGGAGAGCGAUGACGAAAAUAUUUCCAGACAAGGGAGCGGCACCAGCGAUCUGGAUGAGAAGGAUGACUUGGCUCCCAUCAAUGGUUUGGAGGCUGAGGACAGGCACACUCUGAAGAACUUGGUCACCAGCAUCCGUGGCAGACUAUCGGUCAUUCGACGGAAACUGCAAGUAAUCCAGAAGCGUGCGUCGGCACCAGCCAUGGCUUCGCCACCAAUUCCACAUCGUGGCAGCAACGCCACAGCUGUAACGCCGCCUCGGUCGUGA